ACAAUGGAGCGCAGUUAGAUUCACUCUGUAUAUUCCGGGCUAAAAUGCGCGGCGUGCGCAUUUGUUGAGCGUCAAGCUCCUGAAUCUCAAUUCAACCGACGCCGACGGUGAGAACCGGGUAGACAAGGAGGGAAUCGGAGGGGAGGUUCUUCGCUAUGGUAGACGAGGAAGAUGAUGAGAAUUUCGGCGACUUCAAAUUCGGUAUGAAUCAUCCCAAUCAGAUCAAUAAUCGAACUUCUUCCACGAGCAUCGAUGAUGAUGAUGACUGGGGCGAUUUUGUCGACCAUUCCUCUCAGAUCGGCGUUGGUUUCGAUGUCUCCGGUGGUGUCCCCCAUGCCCAUCCUUCUCCUAAUUCAAACGUCUCCGACAUGGGUACGAAGAUUCAGUGGGCGAAGCCUCAGGGGGCUAUUCCGCUUUCGAUUUUUGGUGAGGAGGAGGAAGAGAAGGAGGAAUCGGGAUCCGGUGGGGUUGGGUUUGGAGAGGAUUUGUUCGUUGGAAAGGAGAGUGGUUUGGCGAAGAAAGGAGGGAGUUUAGGGGUUGGGGUUCGGAUUGAUGAUCUGAUUGCGAAUUUGUAUAGUUCUAAUCAACAGAUCGAAGCCGGAAGUCAGUUGAAAUCGAACAUGGUGUUUGAUCCUUUGAACUUCAAUGGUUCCUCGAGUAUGAAAGCUAAUGGCUCUGAUUUGAAUGUCAAUGGCGUUCAUUCUUAUGCGAGCCAAACGAAUUUUGAUGGCGAUUCUUUGAAUUUUGAGGGUAAUGGAGUGAAGUCUAAUGGGUUCCACCCCGACUCGACCAACGUCGGUGAGAGCAUUGAGGAUGAUGUUGAGGAGGUGGACGAUUUUGAUGGCUGGGAAUUUAAGGCUGCAGAAUCGAUAACGCCAAUGGAAGAUCAGCAAUCUAAGGUUGUCUAUGAACAGACUUUUGAAUUUGCAAUCAAUGGACAUAACCACGGAAAGUCAAAUGUGCAAUCAAAUGGAGCUGUUAACAACAUAGCUGAAUGGGACUUUGGUUUUAGUUUUGAUUCGCGACCUGCGGUCCAACAUAGCAACUUAUUAAACUCACAAAAUAAAAAUGGUCAGAAUGAUCUAAAUAAUGGUUUAAAUCCCUCUCCUGUUGAUCGGAAUGCCAAGGGUGAUGUACGUGUAUGGGAUUUCAAGGAUGCCUUUUCUAAUGCAUCAGAGUAUAAGUCGGAAGCGUCAAAGCCUGUUGUCGUUCCUCCUUCUAAUGGUGCAACUCCUGAUGGGAUUUCUCUCAAAUCUAGUGAACGAAAAAUUGACUUAAAUUUCAAUCAUGAUUGGGGGAAAGAAGACAGAAAGGUUUUGAAUGGAAACCACGAUGGCAACUUCCAUGAAACCGGGAAAGAUAAUGAGAAUAUUCGGAAUUUCAAGUCUGCACUUACAGAUUCUGGAUCAAACAAUAAGGGAGAGCCAGUUGAAUCUGUCUCUGGUCUUGAAGCUCCUGCUUUUGGCUUCAAUAAUAGUAGUCAGAGGAAUUCGGAAUUACCGUACGGUCCCGGAAAAGCCUUGCCCUUGUCAAUUUUUGGAGAUGAGGGGCUGGAAACUACUGAUGAUCUCUCUUUGAAUCAAGAUGCUUCUACCUUUACAUCUGUUACCCCUGAAGGACAUGAUGCCAAGAAUCCUGAUUCUAGUGUAUCUAUCAAUGACUUGAUAUCAAGUCUAUAUAGUCAAGCUGAGAAAAAUGGUUCCAUCAAAUAUUCCCCAGAAGAAAAUGAGAAUGGAACAAAGUCACCAUCAAGGAUGUCACAUUCAGAUUUAGGCAAUGAAGAUGAUGAUGAUUCCUGGGAGUUUAAGGAUGCAUCACCAGAUGUUAACGUGCCAGAUCAAUCUUAUGUUACUACUCUUGGAGAUUUACCCAAGCAGUCAUCUUCUAAACUUCAGUUUGUUUGUUACGUGGAUCUUUAUCACAAAUUAAAUCUUGCUUUGAACCAUGUUGUUCAUGGCCUUCUUGAGAAUCUAAAGAAGGCUCAAGAUGAUGCCUCUCUUUCUGAUGAAGAAGCAAAAUUAAAAGCCAUCUAUGAAGAAAUUCAGAAUUUUAGUGCCGAACUGUCUCAAGAGAACAUGACGACGGAUAACUUCUCAUCAGAUGUUCUCCUUCCAGGAAAUAAUUCUUUUAGUGAGCUCUUUGAAAUGUUGCGGGAUCCAAGGUUUCAAAUUCUCGACAAAGAAUUUCAGUUGUCAGAAAGGCUUCUAUUGGCAGAAAAUGAUUUGAGAUCAGCUGUUGAGCUCUUGAAACACGUCGUGUCGACUCUGAAGAUUCUCAAACUUGUAUCAGCGGAGGAGCAAUCGAACUAUGUUUCUGUAUGGAACAAAUUGCUUUUAAUGUGCUUUCAAGAACUAAAACAUGGUGCCUUGAUUUGGAAGGAAUCCGUACAGAGAAGUGUUGAAAGUUACAUAUUAUCUGAACCUCAAGGAAAACGGUAUAUAUGCGCCCUCGGAGAGAUUUAUAGGGUAGUUCAAGUGCUUAGAGCCUCGGUUAAACUUUACAAGCCAUGGGUCCUGUUAGGUCAGGUCGAUCCCAGUGGCUUGAUUUCUCUUCUAAACGAGUGCUCCGAUAUUUGGUCGAGUUCAGGACUCCUUGAAGCUCUCUGCAAAAUAGAUGGUCCUAUUGAUUGCAAUGGAUUAAUGCGUUCUAUCAAUUUUAUACAGAAUCUUGAUGAAUGGGGUCUGCGAAAGCAUGUUCUCUUGGAACAACAACCUACUUGUUGUCUGUCACUCUUAAAUGCUGAAUCGAUACCAGGGCUGGAUUUAGUGGUCUGGAAUGGGAAGAACUACUUCUUGAAGCUCGCAAACUUAUGGGCAAAUCGUAUCGGCCGUGAUCCUCCUUUCAUUCAUCACACAAAUAAUAGGUGAUAUAAAAGAGGAUCCAGAAAUCCAGCCUGAACUGUUUUGUAUAGUACUCUGGAUGAUGCGGCUGUUGCCAUUUUCUCCAAACACACAGUUUCAUUGGCUUUCAUCCCAGCUCUGCUGCUCAUCCCUGUGGAUGUUCAAUAAUAGGAAAUGCUAGAUGAUUUCACACUUCUUGAAAUGAUCAUGAAAGGAACACUUUCUGGGUUUUCAAGAAGAUCAAAUAUAUAUAUAUAUACCCAUCUGGGUCUCUUGGGAUCCGAUCCGUACUCCGCCAUUCUUUAGAAGAGCUACCGUGUAGCGAUUCGACGACGUUUCGUAUUUUGUAUCAUAUUAUGCUGUCCAGAACUGGAUGGAUGCAGUACACAACAUACAUAGAGAGGAAUCUUAUCAUAUUGGAGGUCAUUUUUGUUCCAACGUUUUUUUCUUUUCUUUAAAAUCCAUUUUGGUUCUUGUUUAAAUGCUAUAUUUCUAGUUCAGAAUCCCAGAAUUAUCAGAACAAUAUCUGUUAUUAGGGUGGAACUUCUUCUUGUGUACAAUGUAUGUAUGUAUGUAUAUAUUGGUAUUUAUAGUAUGUGAAUGUAAUUGAUUUCAUUGUUCCA